AUGGAGCCAGACCCACGGUCUCUGGAGAAGAGCGAGAUGGCCUUUCCGGUCGACAUCAAGUCGCCUGUCGAGAAGGAGCAUCCCACCAUGGCUGGCCACGACUCCAUGGUCACUGUUCGUCUCUCGGAGCCGCCAAGCCUGUCAGUGAGGACGGACUUGCCCGUAUGGCCUUCUAGGAGAAGCCUUUUUGGACCCGAGUACACGCCUACACCCACGAGCGCGACAUCGUUGAAGAAGCUAGGAUUGGAGGAGAAAGUCAAGGAGGAGACAGUGGAAACGGGAGAAGACGCCCAGGAAGAGAAGAGUGAGAGAGCUGCCAGCCAGUCAGAAGAAAGCAAAGACGACAAAUCCAAAAAUCUGUCCGAGGAGUUGGAUGACGCAGCUGGCAGUGAUACAUCAAAAGAAAACACCAGUGGCUCGAGAGAGUCUGAUGACUACUCAGAAGACGAGGACGAAGAGGUGGAUUGGGAGAAACUACAGAAGAGCGAGGACGAACAGGCCCAAAAAGAUGACAACUCUACUGCAAUGCUUUUGGCUCGCUUGGAGGAGGAAAACAGCAAAUUGGCCUCCAAUCCAAAGGGUGUCAAGGUCAAGGUUGUCGAGAUGCCAACGGUUCGCCGUCCGAGACCACCGUCGAUGGCGCAGCUACGUGAUAUGGUCAAUGGCCCGACGCCCGUCGCCUUGCGGUACUCGGUCUUGCCUCCUCCUCCCAUGACUGACAUGGAAUUCUAUGUGGCCUUGGUCAAAGAUUACCAGCAAACUGCGGCUCGUCUACCCACGCUGCUUUCUAGGAAGAUCCGCAAGGGCAUUCCACCGCCACUGCGAGGUGUUGUAUGGCAAAGCAUGACGGGUGCGCGCGAUUCCCUCCUCUUGGAACAAUUCGAAGCACUCAGCGGCGAGUCGAGUCCCUAUGAGGGCAUCAUCGGCAAAGAUCUAGGCAGGAGUUUCCCGGGGGUCGACAUGUUUCGCGACUCAGACGGCGAUGGACAACGCAUGCUGGCUAGAGUGCUCAAAUGCUUCAGCUUGUACGACCAGAAGAUCGGAUACUGCCAGGGCCUGGCUUUUCUGGUUGGGCCUCUUCUCAUGCAUAUGCCAGAUAACCAAGCCUUCUGUGUCUUGGUUCGGCUGAUGGAUCAUUACGAUCUGCGCUCGUGUUUCCUGCCAGACCUGUCAGGAUUGCAUGUCCGCAUUUACCAAUUCCGCGAGUUGUUGCACCAGAUGCUACCCAGUUUAUCGGCCCACUUGGAAGAGCACCAGGUAGACCCUGCCUACGUUUCACAAUGGUUCCUCUCAUUCUUUGCCGUGACCUGCCCCCUACCCAUGCUGUUUCGCAUCUACGAUGUCAUCUUCGCCGAAGGUGCGUCGGAAACAAUUAUGCGGGUCGCGCUCUCGCUCAUGCGCAAGAACGAGAGCCGCAUUCUGGCCUGCACUGAACUCGAGGAUGUGAUGCAGCUUUUGCUGUCCCGUGGCCUCUGGGACUGUUACAACUACAAUGCCGAUGAGUUUGUAGACGACUUUGUCAGUCUUUCUCUCGUCGUGUCGCGGGAAAAAUUAGCACAGUUGGAAUUGAAUUACCGAGAGGCGCAGGUCGCUACCGCCAAUGCGGCCCGCACGUCGGACGUUACCACGGCAGCCUCUCGCUUCCUGGGCCGUCUCUGGGCCACCACAAAUUCCGGCUCCUCCACCAAGUCCGCAUUCGGUGCCCUUUCUCCUGGUCUCAUUGCCCCAUCGCGACCUUUGAGCAUGCUUCGUCGCAGCACUUCCAAGCAAAGCCUAGCCUCGACUCUCAACUCCAUGGAAACCAGCUCCGCCAGUGUUCUGAGUUCCGCCUCAACGGACGCCACCUCGCGUGCCUCAUCCAAUGCAGACGCUUCCUCGAUCCGGGAGUCGACACCGACGGGUCCCAAGCAGAGCACUAUCGGCUCGAGCGCUGCAACAGAAAGCAAGGCUCUACACAGCCAGAUUGAGGACCUGCUUAUGGCUUUCAGUGAACUACAGCGCAACCAUGCAUUGCUAGCGACCGAAUUGCAAAAGGAGAGAGAAGAGAGAGAAGAAGAACGCAAGGCGGUCAAGUCGUUGCUUCAAGGGUUCAAGAAAUCACAAGAAGGCGAGGACAAGGAUAAUGUUGUUACUGAAGAGCUUGCACGGCUUAUUGAAGGUGUCGAGGAUCGGUUCGUCGAGGAGGAGCGCAACAGCCAAGGGCCUACCAGCACCGAGACGAAACAAGAAUUGCGAGAUGAGCUGGCGCGAGCCAAGGAGCACCUCAUGAUUGAGGUAUCAAAGACCCAGGACUUCAAUCGUCGGAUAGAUGACCUGGGGCAAGAGGCACAGACACUAAAGGAUCAGUUGCGGGAGAGCCACGCACACGUCAGAAACCUCCACCAAGACAAGCAACGCCUCGAGAAGCAGGUCCAAGACCUGCGCACAAGGGUGGCUUCGGCUGACACGCAGCUCAGCUCCUCGCCCGAGGCAUCGGGAUGGCUUACUUCGGCGGCCAACCUCGCUAUGGGCACUGUUGUUUCCGCCACGCCUGCACCAAGUGGCCCGACAAAGGGGGGCCUCCGCGAACUCAAGCUUGGACGUAGCAAGUCAACGCCGAACUCGAGGGACGGCUUUGGCAGCCGGGCGUCGUCGCUGGCUAGAUCCCAGACUGAGAUCCCUCACCAACCAUCGGCCAACGAGCACGAGACAUUGCUAAUGGACCUUGUCCAAGCCAAGACAUCAGAGGCUGUGGCAAGACAGGAGGCGGAUGAGCUCAAACAGAAGCUGGAGAGUCUCAAGAAAGCAUAUGGAAUCCCUCCGGGCGAGACUCCGGGCCUUGCAACCGGUGCAGCCAAUGCUGCUAUGGGCAUGUUUGGCCGGCUGACCGGUGGAGGUAAUGUGGAUGCCGGGGCUAAGAGCGUCGAUGCACCAGUGCCUGGCGUGCAGAGGAGUGCCUCAUCAGCAUCGACAAAUGCUGCAGGCUUCUGGGGAUGGCGAAGGUAG